AAUCGUGUAAAUUUUUGUAUCUGGGCUGUAAUUAUUUUUUCGUAUUUUCUGCACACGUUGCAUUAUGGACGACUUUGCAGCCAAACUCAAAAAAUAGUAAGGAUAAAGACAUGGCUUGUUUGUAGCACUUGGCUGGUUUAGUUAAGCAACCUCAAAAAACAAUUGACAAGAUUCUGUGUUUUGUUUGUUUGUUUUUCUACAAUGUUUCACUAAAGAAAUGCCAGGCCGGCGACGAUGAUCGCUCCAUCGUUUGUCCUCAAACGGCGCAACGAUUCUCUGAUCUUCUCCUUAAUAAGGACCAUUUUCUCCCAAUGCUGCAGCAGCAGCUAGAAAAAAAUUGACAGAACAAUGAAGGCGUUCAGCGUAAAUGCACUUGUUCUUUUAAGCAUUUGCAUGUCGAUUUGCGUUUGUGCAGUCUGUCAUCAGUAUGUAGACGUGCUUCAAUCUUGCUUGGUUGAUCAUGGUGUGAAUAACUUCUCUCUGUACCCGAGUUCUGGAAAUGAUCGAGCUGUUUACUUCAGUUUACUCGAUUUUUCUAUCCAAAAUCUCCGUUUUUCGGAUCCCAUGACGCCUAAGCCGGUGGCCAUUAUCGUGCCAGAGAGCAGGGAGCAGCUGAUGGACAGUGUUGUAUGCUGCAGGAGAGGAGCAUGGGAGAUCAGAGUUAGAUGUGGUGGGCACAGCUACGAGGGGUCAUCGUAUGUAUCCGGUGAUGGAUCACCGUUUGUUGUGAUCGACAUGAUGAGCCUGAGUCGAGUUUCUGUGGACAUGGACUCGGAAGUUGCUUGGGUUGAAGGUGGAGCAACACUCGGCCAGACCUAUUAUGCCAUUUCUGAGGCGAGCCGUGUGCACGGAUUUUCAGCUGGUUCUUGCCCCACCGUCGGGAUAGGAGGGCACGUAGCGGGUGGUGGAUUUGGCUUAUUGUCGAGAAAAUACGGCCUGGCUGCUGAUAAUGUGGUCGACGCACUUCUUGUUGAUGCGGAUGGCAGGUUGCUGAACAGGGCAGAAAUGGGAGAGGAGGUGUUUUGGGCCAUCCGUGGAGGCGGAGGAGGCGUUUGGGGCAUCGUUUAUGCCUGGAAAAUCCGUCUGCUGAGAGUGCCUGAAACCGUGACAAGUUUCACUGUUUCCAGGCCAGGGUCGAAACAUGACAUUUUGAAACUAGUCGACAUGUGGCAGCACGUAGCCCCGGAGCUAGACGAUGAAUUCUACCUGUCGGCCUUUGUUGGUGCCGGAUUGCCACAAACGACAACUAUUGGGAUUUCGGCUACGUUUAAGGGGUUCUACUUAGGCAGGAAAACAGAAGCUGUCUCAAUCUUGAAUCAAGUGUUUCCAGAAUUAGGAAUCCUUGAAGAUGACUGCAAGGAAAUGAGUUGGAUUGAGUCCAUUCUCUACUUCGGAGAUUUGAAAACCGGGAGCUCCAUUUCUGGCUUGAACGAUCGGAAUCUGCAACACAAGAACUACUUCAAGGCAAAAUCAGACUACGUGCAGAAUCCUAUAUCAAGAACAGGGCUAAAAUCAGCUAUAAAAAUACUCGAAAAACAGCCUAAGGGGUAUGUCAUUUUAGACCCUUACGGUGGAGAAAUGAGGAGAAUCAGCAGCGAGUCGAUCGCAUUCCCUCACAGACAAGGCAACCUUUUCGCAAUCCAGUACUUGGUUGACUGGGAAGAAGAAGACAACCUCAAAAGCCGAGACUACAUAGAGUGGAUAAGAGGCUUUUACGAUGCUAUGGCACCACACGUCUCGUCGGGUCCGAGGGCAGCUUAUGUGAACUACAUGGACUAUGAUCUUGGAGUUAUGGAGUUGCCGAACAUCAGCAGUGCAGCAUGUGGUGAUGCUGUGGAGAUGGCUAGGACAUGGGGGGAGAAGUACUUCUUGAAAAACUAUGAUAGGUUGGUUAGAGCUAAGACAAUGAUUGACCCCUUGAAUGUGUUUAGACAUCAACAAGGGAUUCCUCCAAUGUCUAGUGAUUGUGUGAUAGCACAAUCAUGAAAAAAAAAAAACAACAAAGAGAAAAAGAACAAGUUGGAAUUUCAGAGUAUUUUAUGAUUGGAUUUUUUAUGCAUUAUCGAUUGCUCUGUGUGCUGAAUUUCAGAGUAUUUUAUGAGCAG